UCAAAUUAUAGCAGAAACUGCUAUAAUGUCAAUGGCUGAAUUUGCAGUUUCUUUAGUAGUACAAAGUCUAACUGAACUGCUGAUAUAUGAAGCCAAACACUUACGUGAAUUACGAGGCCGAAUCGAAUUAAUCCAGAUGAAGCUAAGACAACUGCUAUCCAUCUUAGAAAUUGCAGAUGCCAGACAAGAAGCAGAUGAAGGGAUUAGCAACUGGAUUGCAGAAACCAGGGAAGUUGCCUAUGAUAUUGAAGAUCUUCUACUUGUAGCAGUCUGUUCAAGAAAGGAAGGAAGCAUUUUGAAAAAGUAUACUCACAUGUUCAAGGAAGUUUCAAGCCUCCACAAUCUGGAGCCAAAAUUCCAGGUUAUUGAAUCUAAGAUUUCUGCGCUGCAAUCAGAUUUACGCAUCUCUAAUAUAAAACCACGCCAAAGAGGACUUACAAACCCAGUUUCCCAAAGACACCUAGAGCAAAGAAGAUCUUAUUCACAUUAUGUCGAGGAGGAUUUUGUUGGUUUGGAUGAAGAUGUCAAAGAUCUGGUGGCAAGGUUAGUGCAGGAAGAUGGUGACAAAAGUUGUCAAGUUGUCUCCAUCACUGGGAUGGGUGGCAUAGGAAAAACAACAAUAGCUAAAAAGAUUUACCAUCAUAAAGAUAUCCGGAGUCAUUUUGAUGCUUUCGCUUGGGUCUGUGUAUCUCAACAAUGGCAGCAAGAGGAUGUUUUGCAGAGGAUCCUUAACAAGCUUGAACCAGAAAAGAAAAAGGAAAUCAACAGAAUGAAAGUUGAAGAGCUAGUUGAGGAGCUUUUUGAAGUCCAGAAGAAGAAAAGAUGCCUGAUUGUGCUGGAUGAUGUUUGGGGAAAGGAUGUUUGGGUUAUACUCAGACCUGCCUUCCCUCCCAGACAAGUAAAUAGCAAAAUAAUUCUCACAACACGCAACAGAGAAAUUGCUCGUUAUAUAGAUAGGGAUACACCUUGUCAUCUCUAUCAACAGCGACAUUUGAAUGAAACAGAAAGUUGGGAACUACUUAAGAAGAAAAUCUACCGUGGAUUAAAUAUUAGAGAUAAAAGGCAAGCUGAUGGCGGCGAUGGAGGUGAACAUGAGUACAGCUCUGGCUCUGAGGAUGACGAUGCAGCAUCAAGCACAGCAAGCUUCCACUCAUGCCUAACUGAUGAGGAGGAGGAAGAAGUCACAGGACAGCUUCACAACUCCAGUCCUGAAGAUUGUGUACAAGACCAUAAAAACCAAAUGGACAUGGAGAGACUAGGAAAAAAGAUGGUUGGACAGUGUGGAGGAUUGCCAUUAGCUAUCAUUGUGCUUGGGGGACUUCUGAUGACAAAGUCUACAAUAAGUGAGUGGCAAACUGUGCAUAAAAAUUUCAAUUCAUAUUUAAGACGAGCAAGAAGCACUCGAGAAAGUGGAAGAGUUCAUGAGGUGUUAGCUUUAAGUUAUCAUGACCUACCCUACCAGCUCAAGCCAUGUUUUUUGCACUUAGGCAACUUUCCGGAGGAUUUUAAAAUCCCCACUCGGAAGUUGUAUCAGUUAUGGGCUGCUGAAGGCUUCAUAUCAGCAGAAUUUUACCAAGCUGAGGAAGAAGAAUCAAUCAUGGACAUAGCAGAACGUUAUUUAGGUGAACUGGUGCAGAGGAGCAUGGUCCAAGUGCGAGUGGAUGAAGUCACUGGCCGCUUCAAGUCUUGUCGACUUCAUGACCUUACAAGAGAAUUAUGCCUUUUAAAAGGAAAGGAGGAAAAUUUUUUGAAAAAAGUUCCUUUGCGGUUCGAACCUGAAUUAAUAGGUUCCCCAUCUUCAUCAACUAAGGCAAGUGUCACACGAAGACUCUCGGUUGCCGUUGAUUAUGAUUUUGACAGUUAUUUUCCUCCUAGAAAGGAGAAUCUUGAGCAUAUAAGAUCAGCCAUGUUCUUUUCCAGGCUCACCGACAGAAGAAAUCUUCAGCUAACAUUGGACAUGGCUUGCAAUGACUUCAAUCUGCUAAGAGUGUUAGACCUUGAAAGGUUUUGCUUUGGAGGAAAGCUAUCUAAAGCUAUAGGAAAUUUGAUUCACCUCAGAUACCUGAGCUUAAGAGGUUCACAAUUUAAUAAAUUGCCAUCAUCAAUCGGCAAUCUGAAAUACUUGCAGACACUUGAUCUGCGGGCACCUUUUCUAGUAUGUGUGACCAUUCCCAAUGUCCUGUGGAAGCUGAAUCAUUUGAAGCAUUUGUAUCUCCCCCCCUCUCACAGGAGCUCCAGUAAAUUGCAGUUAGGUAGCUUGAGCAAGCUGGAAAUUUUAAAAAAUUUUGAUACAAGAGUCUCAGAUUAUAGAGAUAUCCCUAAACUAGUUAAGCUUCAGAAACUGGCAGCUAUUUUAACUAUGGAAAUGGAGAAUUUAGCAGAAAUCAUUAACUGCCUCAAGAUGGAGCACAACCAUGUCAGAGACUCCUCUUUCCGUAUCCGCUAUGAUUUUCAGUCAGAAAGAGAGUUCACUGUUCUGAGGCAACUAGUAGGUUUUACCCAUCUUCAUAAACUGGAUUUGGUUGGCCUCAUAAACAGACUACCAGAACAUUCCCAUUUUUCACAAAGUCUCACCAAAUUAACUCUGAGAAGCAGCAGACUCAAGGAAGAUCCUAUGGCUACUUUGGAGAAGCUUCCUAAUUUACAUUCGUUGAUACUACGUAAAAAUGUCUUUGAGGGGAAUGAGAUUUCUUGUUCCCCGCAAGGUUUCCCACAACUAAGAACUUUAGAGCUCCAGGGGCUGGUUAGCUUAGAGCACUGGAGAAUAGAGAAAGGAGCAAUGCCCAAUCUUUAUUAUCUAAAGAUUGAUGAAUGUAUUACCUUGAGGAUGGUUCCUGAAGGAAUUAAACAUAUUGCCACUCUGAAGGAAUUGGUGAUUGCUAACAUGCCUGCUGCCUUCAAACGCAGGAUUCAAAAGGUGCAGGAGGAAGAGGGAGAAGAUAUUUACAAAGUUAAACACAUUCCAUCAAUCACACUCACUGAGAUGAGCAGCUCCAGCAUGAAAGAAUUGGAGAAGCAGCUAUCAGGUACCCUAACCUAAUUCUCCUUAUAAAGAAAAUUUCUGCAUCACGUAGGCAAUUCAAAUACUACUUCCAUUCUU